AUGCGGAACAGCCAAACGCAGCUUCGCACAACCGCUGCACAGCUGUACGGCAUCCCCGCACACGGCAGCACCGUUGUGAGGCCACGGAGCUCUCAGCCUGCCCCACACAGGCCCACAGCCUCUGCCACAGCGAAGGGCACAGGAAAUGUGAGCGCGGUCCUGCGCAACAACAUCGAGACAUUGCAACAGGCCAGGAGGAGCCGCUUGGCCAGAGCUCCUGAGGAAGAGUACCACCAGGCACCUCUCCUUCCCAUGGCACCAGCACCAGCAUCUCGUGGCUUUAGCAGGCAGGCUGCUGCAGCACAAGCCCAGCACCAGUCACCUGCCCUGCACUGCGUCACGGGGCAUGUUGCAGAUGUGCAAGUGUUAUGCAGCACCGUCCCGAACUGGCAGUUCGGAGAUGUGGCCAAAGAGGAGGCAAAAGUACCAUUCUUUGCUGAGUGUGGCGAGCAGGCUGCACCAGGACAGACAGAGCGCCAGGCACCUGCAAUGAACAGCUCAGCAGAAAAUGACACAGAUCCGAAUGUCCCAUCCAUGUGCGUCAAGAGGGAAGUCUCUUCCAGAGCUGGUGUCGAGGAGGUAGAGGCACCAGCCUCUCCCGGCAUCAGCAGGCAGGCUGCAGCAGGACAAGCAGAGGGCCGGGCACCUGCCCCGCACAGCCACAAAGAAAACAACGUGGAUCUGGAGGUCACACCAAACAGCAUCCUGAAGAAGGUCCAUUACAGGGAUGCUGCUGAGGAGGAGGCAGAGACCCCAGCCUCCUAUGGCUUUGAGAGUCAAGCUCCGGCAGCAGAAGCACAGUGCAAUGCACCUGACUCUGACAACAUCAGAGUAGCAGAUGCAAAAGUGCAGGCCACUCGCAUUGUCAGUGCAAGCUACCAGUUCCGGGAUAGGAUCGAGGAGGAGGCAGAGGAAACAGAUUCUUCUGACAAAGGUGAGCAGGAGGCAGUGGCAGUGGAUCAGGAAACCAGCCGGCAGCUGCUGGAAGGUCAGGACAUGACCCAAAUCCUGGAUGCGGCAGUGACCAGAGAGGAGAAAGACUGGGAAGAGGGCACCGAUAAAGUGCUGUCCCAAGAGGAAGACAUCACCGUACGCAACCUCUGGGUCAACCCCUCAGUCGCAGAGCUCUUUCAGGACCCCCAGGCCGAUAUCCAGGAGGGGUCUGGCUUCCCCAGCAGCAUGCGCAUGGAUCUGACAGGGGAGGCAGGUGAAAACCUGCAAAGCAUUUCUCCUAUCCCACCCAUUCCCACGGACACCAAACUGGCAGCUUCUACACUGGGUGGAGCUGCAGAGGAAGAGGAGCACCCAACACCUCUCACUCUUGUGCCACAAGAGGAGCAAGCGGCACCGGCACCAGUUUCUCCUGCCUGUGUCGAGCAGGAGGCAGCACAACAGGCACAGAGGCAGGUACCUGCCCUGCUCAGCCCUGAUGCCUAUGAGAUGGCUGUAGAAGAAGUGGCCAGGAACAUCACUGAACAGAAAACUGUUGAGGAGGAACAGAAAGCUGAUGAGGAGGAGCUGGACAGAAAAGAAGAGGAGAAAUGGGAAGAGGCCAUGGACAAAGAGCUGUCCGAAGUUGAAGAGAUCAACGUUUGCAACCUCUGGGUCAACCCCUCGGUCCCAGAGCUCUUCCAGGACACCCAUGCAGAUCCCCAGGAGAGAUUCAGCUGCCCCACCAGCAUGGGCAUGGACGCAACAGGAGAGGCUGCUGGAGAUUCGCAGAGCACGUCUCCUGUCCCAGCUGGACCCACAGACACCAAACUGGCAGCUUCUACACUGCCUGGAGCUGCAGAGGAAGAAGAGCACCGUGCACCUCUCACUUCAGUGUCACAAGAGGAUGCGGCACUGGGACCAGCUUCUCUUGGUGUUGAUGAGCACAAGGCAGCACCACAGGCACAGAGCCAGGCACUUGCCCUGCUCAGCCCUGAUGCCUAUGAGAGGGUUGUAGAAGAAAUGUCCAGGAACACCACUGAACAGGUCCUGAUUACGUGUCUGGCCAUGAUCCAGGGAGCCAGCCAGCAGGUGGCGGAACCUCAGGACAUGACCCAAAUCCUGGAUGCGGCAGUGGACAAAGAGGAGAAAGAGUGGGUAGAGGGCACUGAUAAAGUGCUGUCCCAAGUGGAAGACUUCACCGUAGGCAACAUCUGGCUCAACCCCUUGGUCCCAGAGCUCUUCCAGGACCCGCAGGAGGAAAUCCAGGAGGGGUCUGGCUUCCCCAGCAGCAUGCGCAUGGAUCUGACAGGGGAGGCAGCUGGAGACUUGCAGAGAGUGUCUCCUGUCCCAGAUGUUCCCACGGACACCAAACUGGCAGCUUCUACACUGGGUGGAGCUGCAGAGGAAGAGGAGCACCAAACACCUCUCACUCUUGUGCCACAAGAGGAGCAAGCGGCACCGGCACCAGUUUCUCCUGCCUGUGUCGAGCAGGAGGCAGCACCACAGGCACAGAGGCAGGUACCUGCCCUGCUCAGCCCUGAUGCCUAUGAGGUGGCUGUAGAAGAAGUGGCCAGGAACGUCGCUGAACCGGUCCCGAUUAUGUGUCUGGCCAUGAUCCAGGGAGCUAGCCAGCAGGUGGUGGAACCUCAGGAGAUGACCCAAAUCCUGGAUGCGGCAGUGGACAAAAAGGAGAAAGAGUGGGUAGAGGGCACUGAUAAAGUGCUGUCCCAAGUGGAAGAGUUCACCAUACGCAACAUCUGGGUCAACCCCUCGGUCCCAGAGCUCUUCCAGGACACCCAUGCAGAUCCCCAGGAGAGAUUCAGCUGCCCCACCAGCAUGGGCAUGGACGCAACAGGAGAGGCUGCUGGAGAUCUGCAGAGCACGUCUCCUGUCCCAGCUGGACGGGAGGCUGCAACAUCCCACGUUCCUCCAGGAGCAGAUGGCAAUGGAGGUGCAUCAGCUUCUCCCUUGUGUCGGGACUCUCCGCGCCAGGGUAGGGUCAGACGCUUUGUGAGGAAACACCUGGGCAAGGCUGUGACUGUCAUCCAUGGAAAAAGGCAGCAGCGGGUGGAAGAGCCAGACGUGGCACUAAGCUUGGAUGCGGAGUCACCGUCAAUGUCGCCUGCUGUAUUUCAGGACAGCGAGAAACAGCCAGGCAUUGCCACUCUUCCAGACCCAGGAGCGGCCCCACGGCGACGACUCCAUCGCUUCAGGAGAGUGCUGAGGGCUCUGCGCAAGGCUUUCUGUUCCUCUUGCCUCAACCCACGUGUGGAGGAGUAGCACCCUGCUGCCAGCACCAGGCCCAAGGGAGCUGUGCCGAGGAUGUCGUGCUGCAGCCUGCUCUUGUUGUGGGUGCUUUCUUGGGCCAGUAAAU